AUGUCAUCUAACGCUCAGAUCGCACAACCAUCUGGGCUCUCACAUUCAUUCAACCACGUCACAUCACCAGCCAAUACGGCCUCGACAGCCCAAGCAAACAAUGCCACCCGCACAGAGUCGCCUUCUUCCGCCUCCGGCAGUGGGGAACCUUCAGGCAGGAAGAUGAAGCGGACUGGAGCAGCGAAACCGCUCAUAAGGCCGAGUCUUUAUAGAGGAAUGGCACCACCUUGGGCGACUUCCUUACUAGGCGGAAAGAUAUUUACGGCGCCUACUUUAUCGUCACCUGCUUCUGCUCCUGCUUCUGCCCCUACUCAAGCUCAGGCUGAGAGCAACACCAACACGCCAGAGCUGGAAUCCGCUCAACCAAGCUCAGGUAUCGAGGAAUCCGACGAUAGCGGUAGCACGCACUCAGGCAGCCCAGAACCAGCUCGCAUUGUGAGCGACAUUGCUCAGCCCGACCCCGAAGAUCCACUAGCAGUCAAAGCCGAGGCGGUAGUUUCGGAGGGCGGUUCAGAUUUCGACAUGGCGCGCGAGAAGAAGAGUCUUGCGCAGCAUGCCAAGAUCCAGGCUCUGCAAGAUUCGUGGGCCUCUAGCAACGCUUCUGGAGGUCAAUUGAGUUCUGCUGGACAGUCGGCGAAUGCAAAGGACUGGCUUGGUGGAUCUGCAUCCGAGGCAUCGUCCAAGAGAAAGCACUCUCUGACCGGGAACUUGGCGGAGGGCGAUGCUAAGCGGCGGGCAACGGACGUUGGUGUUCAUGGCGCAUCGAUCAUGAGAUCGCCCGAUGAAAAGUCAAAUGCGACUGCUACAGAGCAGGAUCUGCUAAACGCCCUCGAGGUCGGAAGGCCAAGUAUCAUGAAAAGCACCGAAGAUGGCUUGUCCCUGGCGAUUGCGACGGAACAACCACAAGUCUUUGAAUCUUCGGACGAGGAUAUGGACUACGACGAUCCAGCAGAGGCUGACGAUGACGUGACGGAUGAUGACGAAGAGAAAGAGGUUGGAGACGACCUGGAGAUCAACACCACGGGGACGCCAUCUGCAAAAACAGCACUGCCAACGUCCCAAGGCUCCGACCAAGAGUUUACUUUCACGAAAAACCCGCAUCCUCGCGGGUAUCUGCAAUGGAGGACGCCCAACGGCAUCGAGUCCACAUGUGGUGCCAUCAUCCCUACAAAUUACAAGUUUCAUUCUGACCCCCAAAACCCUUACAUCUGUCCGGUGCGCAAUUGCCGCGUCAUUUUUCCAAAGUGGAAUGGGCUUGGAGCACACUUCUGCGCAAAACAUCGCAGCUCCAAGUUCAAUGACAAUCUCGACGGGACCCUGUCGUUCGUUGACUACUAUAAGAGGGUGGGCACGAAAUACGCGGCUCCCAUCGUGGUCUCGCAGAAUCUGCUCCGGGGCGACGAGCCUCCCUUGGCGGAGCCAGUGACUGCUGGCUAUAAGCCUGUAUCGGGCCCGGCCGGACCUCCGAACCCAGCUUCGUGGGGUCCGACUUCGAAGCCUGUGGAUCCGGCCCCAUCCCGGGCCAUUCCCAAGUUAGAUCUGAAGAAUGACAUGACGGUUAUAAAGCCACCUCUUGUGGCCCCGCCUUCGAGCCAAAGCGUUGCCGCCUCAGAUGGGCUGCUCACAUACCUUUCCGGACACCUUUCUCCGGCGUAUAAAAUACCGAUAGAAAGGCCGGAUGUGAAGGCGCUGCUCAAGCUGCCUCGACGGCGCUUGUUACCUCAGGCUUGGAAGUUGAAAUACACUGGGAUCGGGCACUUGGCACCCCUCGCCACAGUUGCGCUUCUGAUCUUUCUCACUGGCGAUAUUGCAACACCAUGUUGCCACGUGUGCUACAAGCACAGUGAUCCUUUUGAAAAUUUUCUUCAGCCAUGUGUCGUCAUGUCCGCCGCGGCUCCUGGCUUCUUGAAGGAGAUUGGAAACAAGGCCUGCUCCGGAUGUCAGUGGCGAUCCAACUUCCGCAGAGAAAGGAACAACUGCUCCUUCUUGUCCUCGGGCCAAGGAACGUCAAGCCCACAAGUGACUCCGAUAGCACCACCUACACGGUCUACGGUUGCAACCCGCUCCGCGUCUGCGACAACCGCUGCCGACGCAUAUGCCCUGCCAUAUCCUCCAGCAUCUCAGCCACCUCUCAAAACCUCUACUCCGGUGGCUACCUUUUCCCUGCCGCCAUCGACACAGCCGGCUCCAAGCGUUCACAAAACCGAUAGCCAACCACCCCUUAACCCGCCUAGAAGAACCACGAGGCACUCAGCGGCUACUACACCACUUCUUGCCGAGUCAUCAACGCCCAUCGAACAUGCCUCUUCGCUUAGUGGCAACCCGAUGCCAGCCGACACCCUGGAAAUGGAAGACUGGGAAGUUGCCCCAGGCCGGAUUCGUGAUGAACGCAGCGAAUCUGCAACGAAUGUGGCCUUUUCCAACUCCUAUCUCACGAGCAACCAAGCGGUGACUGUCUCUGAGGACAUAUUCUUCAACGUCAUCGUCAUCAAGCCCGGAGAGUCGCAUGAAUGGACCGCUGAAUCGGAGAAAGUCCGAAUCUGCUCCCUGGCCGCGGGCAAACUCAAGGUGAAACUCGAGAACACGGUGCCGUUGUUAAUGGGCCCGAACGGAAUGUUCAAGAUAAAGCCUGGCACGGCGUGCACUGUUUGGAAUCGCCUAUAUAUCGACGCGGUGGUGCACGUCACCACUGUUUCGUCCUUUUAG